UUGUUUUGUUGUGAUCGGAAUUUUCAAUAUUGUAUAUAUCCGAAAUAAUAAACAAAAAUGAAUGGAAAAGAUAGUUUUAACGUAUCCAAUAUGAUGACUAUAUGUCGGACUUGCCUUAAAGUGCCACGAGAAGUUUUCCCGAUGACUAUUACAGAACUAAAUACGUACAAAAGUCUUACUAGGAAGGUUGUCGGUUCAGAUGAGAAGCUAAAUAUUUGUAUACUUUGUAAAUGGAUUUUGCGAAAAUGUUUCAAGUUUACUCAACAGUGCCUGGAAGUUGAUGAAAUACUGAAAAAUGUAAUCGCACAGAAUACAAAACUACAUAACAUACAACAUAAUAUAUCUUUAAACCUACAACAAUCAACUACACAGCUACACUACAUAGGACCAGAAUAUGAGGAACAGACAGACAGACAGACACACGACGCUACUUUUUACGAAGGUGAUGAAUAUACAGCUAAUAAUGAUGACAUCGGUGAUGACGAUGAUGAUGACGAAAUACCACUAGUAAUGCUGCAAGAUGAUGUCAAGAGUAAAAGAAGAUCCAGUUAUGAGCCAUCCCCACAAGAGAUAGAGAUCAAACUAGAACCGAUACUCAAAGAGGAGUUUGAAGAAGAAAUUCCCAUUAAAGAGAGAAGUAAGAGAAAGAGAAAGAAAGAGAUGAGAGAAGGUUUCUCCUCUCGAAUGGUUCAGGAGACGGACGAGUACGUUGUUAUCAAACUUAGCAAGGAAGAGGUGUUAUCAGAAUUAGCUGAAAAAGCCAAAUCCGAUUCGUAUAUCAGGUCACCGUAUAAAUGUGAACACUGUGUUAAGGGAUUUAAUUUUGAAGACGUACUGCAGACCCAUAUGGAGAGACAUAAACAGGAACAUGGCGAUUAUAAAUGUGAUAUCUGUUCUCAAUACUGUCAUAGCCUUGUUUCAUUACGAGGACACAUUAAAUCACACACAACAAGGUAUAAAUGUAAAGUAUGCGGACACGUGCGCUUGUCCCGGCAGAAUCUCUUGGAGCACCAUGCUAUAGUCCAUACUAUGGCGCCGGCGUCCUACACUUGUGACAAAUGCCAGUUCACUAGCAAUAAACGCACAGUGAUACAGCGGCACGUUAAGACUCAUUCGUCCAGUGAACGGCACGCGUGCCACCAGUGCGGGAAGCUCUUCACCACAAUGGAGUCUCUUAGGGUGCAUACGUUGCGCCAUGAUAAAUCGAAGCGUCUCCACUGUGAUCUUUGCAACAAAUAUUUUCUGUACACCUCGUCUCUAAUGAAACAUAAGCUGGCUCACCAACAGGAUGACUACUACUGCGUCGAGUGCGACGUGAGGUUCAAAACUCCGCUAAAAGACACCGGGACCCUUCGUCUUAUAGAUAUGGAUGCGCACAAUGUCCGCUACGCUUCGUCAGUGCAUCGUCGUGUGCUGUGCACGAGUCCCGUGCGCACGGAGCGCCUCGUGCUUAUGCCUGUGUUUCUUGCACGCGACAUUACAGUUCUAAAGACGCAUUAA